AUGACGACCAUGAAUACCUGCAGCAGCAGCCUCCUCCUCGCUGUCGCCGCCGCUGCCGUGGUCUGCACCUUUGCCCCGUCGCCGGCUACCGCCGACCCCUACCUCUGCCCAUGGAGGACGGUGGCUCACCCCGAGGACCCCUUCAUCCAGAACCUCGGCAGCUGGGCGGUGGACCAGCAGCAUACCGUGAUGCACUUCGAAAAGGUGGAGAGCGCCAAGGCGCAGGGCGUCGGCCAAUGCACCAGCAUGACCCGCAACUACGAACUCAUCAUCUUAGCGUCCAUCCGCGGCACCCCCCGGCGACGGUGA